AUGGUUACUCGCGAAGAAGAACCUCUAAAAGAGAAAAGCGAAGUAAAAAAGAAGAGUUUCAAAGAAAAAAUAGCUUAUAUAAAAGAGAAUAUUACUUUAGAACCUGUUUUGGCAGGUUACGUGAUACCCGGAGUGUUGUCUAGGCUUGCAAAUCAAAAUCUCAAUCUGGAUAAAGCAUGCAGGGUCAACUUACGAUACGGUGAUACAGUAUGCGAUGCUCUUAUCGCCAAAGAAGGAACCACAUAUCAAAAAGAAGAACUCAUAGUUCAGGAACUAAUAGCCUCAAUGGAGACGUGGAAGAAUUUAAUAUUAACGGCAGUACCCAGUAUCCUAAUUUUGUUUUUAGGCGCAUGGAGUGAUCGAACGGGAAAGCGAAAAAUCUGCAUUUUACUUCCAAUACUAGCGAUCACUGGAAGUUGGAUAACAACAUACAUGGGUGCCUUUAGCUAUAUAAGUGAUAUAUCCAGUGAGGAAACUAGGACGUUCCGAGUCGGCGUGGCGAACUUGUGCUUGACAGCUGGGGGCCCAAUAGGGACGGCACUUAGUGGAAUUCUGCUGAAAUAUAUUGGCUACUACGGGGUAUUUACGAUUAGUUCAGUUUUGUAUAUUUGCAGCAUAUUGCAUGGCGUGUUUUAUAUUAAAGAUCCUGAAAGACCCAAUCAAGAAAAAAAGAAAGAGGAUAAAACUUUAGAUACUUGGGGUUUCUUAAAAACGUUUUUCGACAUACAACAUGUCAAGGAUACACUUACAGUUGCUUUUAAGAAGGGACCCAACAAUAGAAGAAUGAAAUCAAUAUUGGUCCUUGCGUCUAUUACUUUUAUUUAUGGACCAGCGUACGGGGAGUAUACGGUUCGCUAUCUAUUCACAAGAUAUCGGUUUAAUUGGGAUGCGGUGAAGUACAGCUUCUACAGCACAUUUUAUAUUUGCAUACAUACACUUGGGGCACUCAUUUCCAUAAGUAUUUUUAGUCGAAAACUAAAAUGGGACGAUUCUCUAUUGGGUCUUAUUUCGAACGUGAGUAAAAUUGUUGGUGGUUUAGCGACAGGAUUGGCGAGAAACAGCCUGGAAAUGUACCUAGCGGUGGCGAUUGAAAUGUUCAAUGCAACGUCAUUUACAGCACUAAGAUCUAUUUCGUCGAAGCUUGCGACCAGUGACGAAUUGGGAAAAAUGACUUCGUUUUUUAAUUUGAUGGAGGUGGUUACGUCGAUGAUAUUUGGACCUGCGUAUUCGUGGUUGUACAUGAUGACCUUGAAAGUUGACGCUGGCGUUGUUUAUUACUUAAGCACUGUCUUGACCGUUCCACCAAUAUUAAUUUUUGUGUGGUUUUUCAAGGAACAUCGCAAAAAUAAAGGGCGAGAAAAAUUCAAAGAAACUAAGAAUGACGAAGAGCACAAAGAUAGACAUCUAAGCAUUGAUUUAACAGAUAGUAAGAUAUUCAUUGAG